GUUGACUCCAUACAGCUCAACAUAUUAUGCUAUGCGCAGUGCAUUUGUGCUAACGUUACAGUUCCGUGUGUUUACAUGUUAGCUGACUGGUACAAAAACAGCGUAAAUGUAUGCCUCCGUACUGUUACCAUGACUUAAAUCACUACAAGUCCAUGUUCUUUCAAAUUUUACGCCGUGGUUUUAAUAGGACACCAGUGUUUACACUCUGCGAGAGGAGCUGUGCUGGUGUUGUGAGCUCCUCGGUGUUUGGAGAUCAGCUGAGGAACCGGAGGAGUCUGUCUUUUUCCCAAACCAAGAUGCCCAAAAAAGAUAAAACGAGUAAAAGCACACAGAAACAGCCAGAAACACCAAGCGGCCCAGUUUCCAUUCUUAAAGACGGCGAUAUUGCGAUUGCAAUACAUGCCAAGCCCGGAGCAAAACAGAAUGCUGUUACAGAUGUGUCCUCAGAGGCAGUGGGGGUCGCUAUUGCUGCACCACCGACUGACGGAGAGGCCAAUGCGGAGCUGGUGCGGUAUUUAGCCAAAGUGCUGGAGCUGAAGAAGAGUGAAGUAGCACUAGAUAAGGGUAGUAAAUCAAGAGAGAAAAUCAUUAAAGUCACUGCUUCUAUUAGUAAAGAGGAGGUGCUGGAGAGACUGAAGCGUGAGGCUGCUGGCUGAGAACAGUGAAAACGAAAGGAUUUUUUCCUUUUAAGGAAUGGACACUGGGCUAAACCAGGUCUGCCCAACCGUAGCCCUGGAGACUCUCCCCUACAAAAUCUCAGACUGUAACUUAAAGUGAAAUUACACUGUUUUUUCAAAUGUUAAGCUGAAAACAAAACCAAUUAGAAUUGUUUAAUAAAUGUGAAAUGCUGCACUCUAAAGAAACAUACCAGUGGUGUUGGUCUGACGUCUGAAGCGUUAGAAAGUUAUUACAUGAAAUGGGUAUGAAUAUGAUGAUAUGAUGCCGGAUGCCUGAGACAUUAUUGUAUGAUCGGGUUUUGGCCUAAAACGUAUUUUUUUAAAUCCAGGCAGGUUCAUGCAGGGCCCAAUUUUGCACUAUUUUUUUCUAUUACCAGUAUUUCAUAUAGAACUCAGAAGACGCAUGUAGGUUUUCAGGUAAGUUUGGAUAGUAAAUAAAAUGUCUAUAUUUCUGUAGGCAUCGCAACCCAGAUUCCUACCACCACCACUCUAAAGAAAUUAGUCAGUUUCUACAUAAUGCACCAUUUCACAUCGGACCACUCCGAAUUACAACUUAAUGAUUGAAUUAUGCAGAACUGUUUAAAAAUUGGUGGUAUUCCCCUUUAAAACACCUGCUUCUAAUGUUUGCAUGUUCCUGACCUCUUUGAUUAGGAGGAUCAGGUUUGUUAGAUUAGGGCUGGAACAUCCCUGCCCUAAAAUAUCAUCAGUGCCAGUCCUGUUUUGUGCCAACAAACAUGUAUUGCUUUCUGUGGAAGUGGUGAGUCUGCCACUGUAAUGUGAUGUUAGCAGUGUAUUGACAUCUUUUAAUAUACUUAAUAGCUUCUGAGAAAUAUCUCCUGCUUUAUUCCACACUUAUUGUGUUGCAAGAGAUCUAAAUUCUAAGACUUUUCAGGCGCUAAGAGCUUUUGCUGUAAUGACUGUGACAAUAUAUCAGAGCUUCUGUCAGUGAGUAAUGUGUUAAUUAAGGAGAGGCCUAAUGAGCAGAGCUAUUAGAUGAUUUCCAUUAAGAAAUGCACCCACCACAAGAUAGCCUAAUUUAAAUAACUUUUGGACUGUUCAUUGCACAACACGCACAAAAAUAAAAAAGGAAAAAAAAAAUAAAAAGGAAUUUUGACUGUAAAUAGUGGGAGUGUUAUGUGGUAAAAUGACAAAAAAUACAGUGACUAUUUCAAACCUGUAUUAGGAUUUUAUGUUGGUCAUGUCUUGUAUUAUUAUGCGGUAAUUUGGUGUGCUUAUGUUAAAUUGGCCUCAGUUUAAUCUUUAGAAGUUGAGAAUUAUUAUGUAUUUAAUUACAUAGUGAUACAAUUAAGUGCAUUUACGCUUCUGACAUUUUUCUAUCUGUUUCAGUGUCAAGACAAAAAUGUAAAUGUUUUUUCUUUUCACAAAAUGAGUGUCCAAUCAACAGUACAUUUUCAUCAAAUUCAAAUCAUACUAAAAUAUUUCUUCUUAUAAACACAAAUGUGGUAAUGAUUGACUGUUUAUAAUCUGUGCAUUUGACACCUUGUUACAGUAAACAAUAAUAUUGAAUAAGAUAUUAGAGUAAUAAGAUAUUAGAAAUGUUAAUAUUUAAUGAGACGUAAUAUCUAAUUUUACUAUGCUUUUGAUAUUGCAGAUGAUGGUUGCAGCUUCUAAGGUUGGCAUUACACGGUGAAACUUUAAAGCAACUCUAGUUGCUUGAAACCUACAUGAAAGUAAAUAAACCUUGAGUUGGGGAAUGUAAAGCGUCCUGCAACUCGUUUGAAACAGUU